CAUUGGCCGGCGCGGCUCCGGGGGCGGGGCCGCACCGAGGGCGACGACAACAAAGGGCGGCGGGCAGCGGUGACCGCGUCUACCGGUGCUGCCCAAACCUCCCGGCUGGCCUCCCGCCGCCCCGCUCCAGAUGAAGUGUGAGCACUGCACGCGGAAGGAAUGUAGUAAGAAAUCUAAGACCGAAGACCAGGAGGAUGCAGCCGACGAUGUCCCUAGUUUGGCCCAGGAGAAUGGAGAGAAGGGAGAGUUCCACAAGUUGGCCGAGGCCAAGAUCUUUCUGAGUGACUGCCUGGCCUGUGACAGCUGCAUGACGGCAGAGGAAAGCGUCCAAGUUUCCCAGCAGAACACCAAGGGCUUCUUCCGAGUUCUGAACCUCAAUAAGAAAUGCGACACCUCAAAGCACAAGGUGCUGGUGGUGUCCGUGUGUCCUCAGGCUCUGCCUUACUUCGCUGCUAAGUUCAGCCUCAGUGUGACCGAUGCAUCCAGGAAACUCUGCGGCUUCCUCAAAAGUCUAGGGGUGCACUAUGUGUUCGAUACAACAAUUGCUGCCGAUUUUAGCAUCCUGGAGAGUCAGAAAGAAUUCGUGCAUCGGUACCGUCGGCACAGCGACAGAGAGGCCACGCUACCCAUGCUGACUUCUGCCUGUCCUGGUUGGGUUCGAUAUGCUGAGCGAGUGCUGGGGGACCCCAUCACCCCCCACCUUUGCACCGCCAAGUCCCCCCAGCAGAUCAUGGGCUCACUAGUGAAGGACUUUUUCGCCAGGAGGCAGAGCCUGCCCCCAGACAAGCUCUUCCACGUGGUUGUGGCCCCCUGCUAUGACCGGAAGCUCGAGGCCCUCGGGGAAGACUUCCGGGGCGCCGACUGUGUGCUGACCUCAGGUGAAGUUCUUCAGAUGAUGGAGAAGAGUGACCUGGCGGUGAGGGACACGGCCAUGGACACAUUGUUCGGGGACCUGGAGGAAGACCUGAGGCGGCACGACGGGGCCCGCUCCGAUGGCUACCUUGCACACAUCUUCAGACACGCGGCCAAGGAGCUGUUCAAUGAGGACGUGGGGGAGGUCACCUACCGUACCCUGAGGAACAAAGACCUGCAGGAGGUCACCCUGGAGAAGGAGGGCCAGGUCCUGUUACGCUUCGCGGCUGCCUACGGCUUCCGGAACAUUCAGAAUGUGGUCCUGAAGCUGAAGAGGGGCAAAGCCCCUUACCAUUUUGUGGAGGUCCUGGCCUGCCCCGGGGGGUGCCUGAAUGGCCGUGGCCAAACCCACUCAGAGGACAAGGUGCUGCUGGGCCAGAUGGAAGCCCUGUACGCUGCGGUCCCGGUGCGGGCCCCUGAGAGCAGCGCCCACGUGCAGCAGCUGUACCGCGAGUGGCUGGACGGUGCUGACUCCCCCAGAGCCCGGGAAGCCCUUCGCACGGCACACCAGGGACCCCCUGCCAGCAGCCGGGACAUCAAGUGGUGAGGGGAGUCUCUGCAGAGGAGGCAGCCGUGAGGAUGGCCAGCACAGCCAGAGAUGGAUGAGGACAUCUGCCCCCUCUCCAGAAGGAUCAGCUGGGCCACCGCACCCUCCCGGGGACUGUCCCUCACUCGGCUCAUGAGCACUUUGCUGGGAUGUCAGGAGGGUCAGAGGGUUGGAGCCGGUCUCCCUGGAUGCCUUCAGGCGAGGGUCUGCCCAGGUGCCUGGGAAACAACGCACUUAGUGGUGACACAGGUGGUGACACUGGACCCUGUGGUGCCCUUUGUCCUGUCGCGACUGUCUACUCUGGGUUCGUAACUGGAUAUGUGGCGUUAAAUGAUCUAUUUUCUGCUUUUAAUCUGUGUACAAUUCUGUUGUACCUGCUGUGAUGACUGUGAAUAAAGGUUGAAGUGUGUGCGUGAGCGUGUA